AUGGUUGCUGAGCAUUUUUCUGCGAUUGAUUCCAUUGACUACAAUUGGCACCGUACGAAUGCGACCACGGAGACCGAUGGAUUCCAAGUCAAGCGUCCUGGAAACGAGAAUGUGAAAUGUACCCUACUUCUCCUCCUUGACCACCAGCCUCCCCAGUACAAGCUCGAUCCCCGUCUGGCCCGGCUGCUCGGCGUCCACACGCAGACCCGUCCCGUUAUCAUCAAUGCCCUGUGGCAGUACAUCAAGUCACACAAGCUCCAGGAUCAACACGAGAGGGAGUAUAUCAACAAUGACGCUUAUUUUCAGCAGAUCUUUGAAUGCCAGCGGAUGAAGUUCUCCGAGAUCCCUCAUCAUCUUCAUCCUCUCCUCCACGCUCCCGACCCCAUCGUCAUCCACCACACCAUCAACGUCGACAGCACCGACCAGAAGAAGACUGCUUGCUAUGACAUCGAUGUCGAAGUGGUAAAUGCACCUCCUAUAUGUUUACUUGUAGCGGAUUUUUCUGUGAAAUCAAAUUUGGUUUAAUUCUUUCAAAAGGACUUUUGUUUUUAGAUUGGUAAUUUGGUAUUAAUUUGGUAUUAUAUCAAAAUUUUGUCUUACACCCUUUGGUCCAAUCAUCACUUCCUCUAAUCACCAUUUUGUCUAUGACCAUUUUGUCUCAUAACCAGUUGGUCUAAUAUCUAUUUCAUUUUCAUCACUUGGUCCAAUUAUACCAAAUGGUAUAUGGACUAAAUGGCUAUUGGACCAACUGGUUAUUAGACCGAAUGGUGAGUGGACGAAUUGGCAAUUAGACCAUUUGGAUAGCACUGGAAGAACUGAUGGUAGACCAAAUGAUAGUAGACGAGUUGGCAAUCGGACGAAUUGGAAAUAAACCUAUGACAUGGACCCAGAUUUGGAUAAUCUUAACAUGUUUUUAUGUGACCUCUACAAGGAAGAAACGGGUCAUCUCUCUGGGAGGAUCCACAGACCCUGGUUUGAGAUGUAAUUUGAGUGUCUUAAAUCUCCCUGAAGAGCAAACAAUGAAAGUUGAUAUCAUAACCAUCAAAAACUAUGACAGAGGUGUGAUAACCUGUUUAUACUAUCUGUUAUUCCAUACGCCUCAUUAGGUAAUGACACUCUCUGUAACUCAAGUCCUGUCCCGUAAAUGAUAUAGACCCUUUAGGCUGUGUUCCAGUCAACAUGAUCUUGAUUGUUUUUAUGGAAUCAGAAAAAAAAUGAAGGACUAAAUGGCUUUAAAGGACAAAAGUUUAUUGAGAGUAGAGGUGAAGUACGACAAUUGAAGAAAUAUUAUGAGCCAUGGAAUGUGAAAGUUUUAAACAAAUGUGUCAAGAUUCUGUGUAUUUGGGUCAAGGGAGACUUGUCGCUUUCUCUCUCGACCCCCUUUCUUGCGCUCAUGUGCCAAACACAUGUGACCCCCUCCUUCCGUCAAAAUGCAGAGGGGUUUAACAGGCGACUCAAUGAGUCAGUUAAGGUCACAUGUAUUGCUGCGCUCUCGUUGUUUUGUUUAUCGAAUGAGAAUGUUCACGCUCCUACUAUGUCCCCCUUUUCGAUAUUCAUUUGUCAUAUCCUGUAUGGGUUUUGAAAUCAACUCCAUGAUGUUGGACGACAUUCCACGUGGUCAUUUCCUGCCAGUGUCGGUUUUUAAAACGUGACAGAUCGAGUUUUGAGGUCAUUAAUUACGAUUGCAGACUGCUUUCAUAUUUCUGUCCGUUUCCGACGCAGCCCCUGUCACCUUGUCAACAUACAAUUUGAUUUCUUAUUUAGAAUCGUUUGAAUGUGCUAUUCAUUACAUGCCAUCAUGGUGUCUACAAUGAUACACAG